GAGUUGAGAGGGUUUGUUUGCUCCUGGUCCUAAACAAUACACAGCUGAUCUUUGUGCAAGGUUCCUGUUGCUAUAGAUUGAGGAUCCCGGAGUCUGCUGCGCAUAGAAACCAGUUUUCUUCUAGUUUAGUUCAACCAUCAGUAUAAGAACUAUGUUGGGAACCACGAAAAAAGUAUGGAGCAAACUCCGUCUCCACCGGAUACCCUCCUACCAGGCUCGGAAUGUAUCCCAAGCUGCGUCCCAGCUAGUUAAGGAGCCCGAAGAACCCAAGAUGUUAACUGAGGUUCCCGGGCCAAAAUCCAAGGAAUUACAUUCUCAGCUCAGUAAAAUGCAAAUGAUGGAUUCUGUUCAUUUCUUCGCGGAUUACGAUAAAUCCUUCGGGAACUAUCUGGUUGAUGUAGACGGUAACGUGAUGCUUGAUCUCUUCACUCAGAUCUCCUCUAUACCUAUAGGUUACAAUCAUCCCUCUCUACUCUCCGCUUUCGACAGUGACUCCGCCAUGCGUGCACUAGUAAACCGUCCUGCUCUGGGUGUAUAUCCAGGAGCAGAUUGGGUUCAACAACUCUCUCAGGUUCUUCUCUCCGUAGCUCCGAAAGGACUAGACCAGAUCACAACUAUGAUGUGUGGUAGCUGCUCCAAUGAGAACGCGUUCAAGCUGAUGCACUUCAAGCACAUGGAGAAAGAGAGAGGAGGAAGGGCGUUUACUCAAGAGGAAAUCGAUUCAUGCAUGAUCAAUCAGAGUCCUGGAACACCUAACCUCUCCGUUCUAUCCUUCCAUGGUGGGUUCCAUGGUAGGACGGCUGCAUCUCUUGCCUGCACACACUCCAAGUAUAUUCACAAGAUAGAUGUACCACUCCAACCCUGGCAGGUUUCUGAUUUUCCAAGAUAUAAGUAUCCGCUGAACGAAUUUACAAGAGAGAACGCAGCGGAAGAUGAAAGAUGUUUAGCAAUGGCUGAAGAUGUAAUUGUAAAGAGUAGAUCUGAAGGACCAGUAAUCACAGGAGUUAUUGUUGAACCUAUUCAAGCAGAAGGAGGAGAUCAUCAUGGAUCAAACAGAAUGUGGUGCCAUGAAUGGUUCGAUCUGAAGGAAUCUCCGGAUAUUGUAACCUUCAGUAAGAAGAUGUUAACCGGAGGCUUGUUUCAUAAAUCUAGUCUUCGACCUAAACAAGCAUACAGGAUAUUCAAUACAUGGGUUGGAGAUCCAGGAAAGUUGAUUCUGUUAGAUGCAGUAUUGAAGACGAUUAAGGCGGAAAACCUACUCUCUGAGACCAUGAGGGCCGGAGAUAAACUGAUGGUUGGGUUGAACUCGCUCCAGGAUAAAUAUCCAGGAUAUCUCAACAGUGUGAGAGGAAGAGGAACCUUUUGUGCUGUUAACUGUGAUACCGGAGCAAGGCGGGACUGGAUUAUUGGGAAACUCCGGGAGCACGGAGUGCACACCGGGGGGUGCGGAGAGAGUGCUAUCCGUCUCCGUCCUGCUCUGGUCUUUAAGGAACACCAUGCAGAUCUGUUUUUGGAGAAACUAGAAACCAUUCUUCGUUCCAUAUAAUUGAAAAUGUAUGCAUUUUUGAUGAUAAUAUCUUUAAUUUAUACUUCCCUAAAAACCUGCUUUGCUUGCCAAAACUGUCUAAAUUUGCUUUUUAUCUAUACUCAGACCGUAACCUUCACUGUGCUAUUGUAAACCGUUCAAUGGAAUAUUUACAUUUUACAAAUAUAAUGUACCUACUAUAUACAUGAUAAAUAUAAUCAAUAACAUUUU